GCUUCCGGCGCGACGCUUUCCCUCCACGCCGGGACUGGGGGGAGGGAGGCGGUCAUUGGCCUUAGCGCCUUUUCUGGCGGCGGUAGAUUUGAAGCGAUUUAAAGGACUGGACCCCGGGAAGAGGAGAGUGUACCAGUGCAAGCACAAAAAGAUUGGAUCAGCUUGUCCUUGAUUUUUCUCUAUUUAAAGAUUGAAGUAUUGAAGCCAUGGGAAUAAAGGUUCAGCGUCCUCGAUGUUUUUUUGACAUCGCCAUUAAUAAUCAACCUGCUGGAAGAGUUGUCUUUGAAUUAUUUUCUGAUGUGUGCCCCAAAACAUGCGAGAACUUUCGUUGUCUUUGUACAGGUGAAAAGGGGACAGGGAAAUCAACUCAGAAGCCAUUACAUUAUAAAAGUUGUCUCUUUCACAGAGUUGUCAAAGAUUUUAUGGUUCAAGGUGGUGACUUCAGUGAAGGAAAUGGACGAGGAGGGGAAUCCAUUUAUGGAGGAUUUUUUGAAGAUGAGAGUUUUGCUGUUAAACACAACAAAGAAUUUCUCUUGUCAAUGGCCAACAGAGGGAAGGAUACAAAUGGCUCACAGUUCUUCAUAACAACAAAACCAACUCCUCAUUUAGAUGGGCAUCAUGUUGUUUUUGGGCAAGUGAUUUCUGGUCAAGAAGUUGUGAGAGAGAUAGAAAACCAGAAAACAGAUGCAGCUAGCAAACCAUUUGCUGAGGUGCGGAUACUCAGUUGUGGAGAGCUAAUUCCCAAAUCUAAAGCUAGGAAAGAAGAAAAGAAAAGGCAUAAAUCCUCCUCCUCCUCAUCAUCAUCAUCCAGUGACUCAGAUAGUUCAAGCGAUUCUCAGUCCUCUUCUGAUUCUUCUGAUUCUGAAAGUGCUUCUGAAGAGAAAUCAAAAAAAAGAAAGAAGAAACAUAGGAAAAAUUCUCGUAAACACAAGAAAGAAAAGAAGAAGCGAAAGAAAAGCAAGAAAAGCGCAUCUAGUGAAAGUGAGGCUGAAAAUCUUGAAGCACAACCCCAGUCUACUGUUCGUCCAGAAGAAAUCCCUCCAAUACCUGAAAAUAGAUUCCUAAUGAGAAAAAGUCCCCCUAAAGCUGACGAAAAAGAAAGGAAGAACAGGGAGAGAGAGAGAGAGUGUAAUCUACUUAACUCCCAGCCUGCUUCAUACCAGAGGCGACUUUUAGUUACUAGGUCUGGCAGGAAAAUUAAAGGAAGAGGACCAAGGCGUUAUCGAACUCCUUCUAGAUCCAGAUCAAGGGAUCGUUUCAGACGUAGUGAAACUCCUCCACAUUGGAGGCAGGAGAUGCAGAGAGCUCAAAGAAUGAGGGUAUCAAGUGGUGAAAGAUGGAUCAAAGGGGAUAAGAGUGAGUUAAAUGAAAUAAAAGAAAAUCAAAGAAGCCCAGUUAGAGUAAAAGAGAAAAAAAUAACCGAUCAUAGGCAUGUUUCUGAGAGUCCAAACAGAAAAAGUGAAAAGGAAAAGAAAGUUAAAGACCAUAAAUCUAACAGCAAAGAGAGAGACAUCAGAAGAAAUUCAGAGAAAGAUGAUAAAUAUAAAAACAAGGUAAAGAAAAGGGCCAAAUCGAAAAGUAGGAGUAAGAGCAAAGAGAAAUCCAAGAGUAAGGAAAGAGAUACAAAGCAUAAUAGACAUGAAGAAAAGAGGAUGAGGUCAAGGAGUAAAGAAAGGGAUCAUGAGAAUGUUAAAGAAAAAGAAAAGUCUGAUUCUAAAGGAAAAGAUCAGGAAAGGAGUAGAAGUAAAGAGAAGUCUAAACAGUUAGACUCCAAAAGCAAUGAGCAUGAUCAUAAUAAAAGUAAGGACAAGGACAGACGUGCACAGUCUAGGAGUAGAGAACGCGAUGUAACUAAAGGCAAACACAGUUACAAUAGUAGAACAAGGGAACGAAGCAGAAGUAGGGACAGGAGCAGAAGAGUGCGGUCUAGAAGCCAUGACCGAGAUCGCAGCAGAAGCAAGGAGUAUCAUAGAUACAGAGAACAGGAGUACAGGAGAAGAGGAAGGUCGCGGAGCCGAGAGAGAAGAGCAACGCCAGGAAGAUCAAGAAGUAAAGAUAGGAGGAGAAGGAGGAGAGAUUCACGGAGCUCAGAGAGAGAAGAAAGUCAAAGCAGAAACAAAGAAAAAUAUAGAAACCAAGAAAGUAAAAGUUCACACAGGAAAGAGAAUUCUGAGGGUGAGAAAAGAAUGUACUCUAAAAAUCGUGAUCAUAGUAGCUCAAAUAGUAACAGGGAAAAAAAGGCUGAUAGAGAUCAAAGCCCAUUCUCAAAAAUGAAACAAAGUAAUCAGGACAAUGAAUUAAAGUUCUCCACUUUGAAAACUAAGUAGGAUGAGAAGACCAGA